AUGCUAUGCUCUCUCGCACAGUUUUCCGGAUUGACGCAGGCAGGCAAGAUCUUUGGCCACUUCAACUUGAUCAAUACAAUCACUUGGUUGAGUUGCUUAUUUGGCUGGGCCCACCUUGGUAUGCUCUUUGGGCUGGAAGUUUACCGAAAGAUGGUCAUGGCCAGUAUUCAGGACUACUUUGACUACUUAGAUACACCAAGUACAUUGGCAGUGAUGAGCCUCUCAGACUCCAUGGCAGAGUUCUCAUCGUAUCAGAGAAUUUUCAUUUCGUACGCUCACAUUCUCUUCAUGGCUCGCUGCUUCCUGUCGUUGCAAUGGCAGCCUCGGCUGGCUAUCAUCACCUCCACACUACAGGCAACCACGGUGGACCUGACCCAUUUCUUAAUUGUUCUUAUCCCGACAUGGUUUGGUUUCGCAAUUGCUGGCAUGAUCAUGUUUGGUCGGCGGAUGCAGGCAUUCUCCACUCCUCUCAGUGGCUUUGCCAUGUGCCUCCAGCUGGCUCUCGAGGGCGAAUACGACUGGGGGUAUAUGUCUUCAGAGGAUUGGUUCAUAACGCUCCUAUGGGUUUGGAUCUACAUGGUCCUAUUGGUUAUGGUGAUGUUGAACAUGGUGCUCGCCAUCAUCAUGGACGUUUACGCUGAGGUGCGCCGACAGCAAGGUGAGACAAUGUCCAUUUUUCAGCAUUGCACAUAUUUAUUCAAGAGAGCCCUCUACUACAAGAACUGGGUUCCCGACAGGGAGUUGUGGGAGCGCGUAGCUGAGAUGCCGGAGACAAUCAUUGUUGAUGAUAUUCUCGAGGCGUACCCGAACAUGCCUGAUUUUCAGCUGAAUUUCCUGUGUGAUGGUGCACGGAACCGGACAAGGGUGAUUCAGCGAGCGGGUAUCGACCCAACGUAUACCGUCCAGAUGGUGGCUGCGAUCCACAUCAGCCUUGAAGAGAUUAUGAUGGAUCUCAUGAAGCUCAAAAAGCGUGGUUGGAUGGGAAAGGGUUUUGAGGUACCAAACGAUGAAGACAGAAACUUGGUGAAGGAAAUCCUGGCCGGAAUUGCGGUUCAGAGUGAGUGGAUGUUGGAUGCGCAGAAACAUGUGUCGUGGUUGCACCAGCAGAUUGGCAGCGAAGGGGCUGAUGGGGCUGGAUAUGAGUGGAAAGCUACUGGGCCAGUUGGGCUCUCAGAUCACGUUUGUCCAGCUGUGAACUGUUCGCUUAGAACCUCUGGCUGUUUGAUCAUGCGCAUUUGCAGCUGUUUAAGAUCUGCCGUGGGCUUGACCCUUGUGGUGCAUGUCGUGCCUGCGCCUCCAGAUGACCAGAGCUGGCAAAGUACUGGUGCUGAUCACCUUGUGUUGUUGGGAUCGUUGGUUGCUGAGCUUCGUGCUGAAGGGAAGCGCUUGCCACCAGGUGGCAACAACACGUGGUACUCCGCGCAGAAGCAUCUUGUAUGUCGCUGGCUUGCACUCGUUGAUAAUUGA